AUGGGCAAAGCACCGCGCAGCAAGCCCGGCGGCGGCAAGGCGCCGUACUCGAAGCCCGACUGGGCCAAGAGCUCGUCGCCCAUCUUCAAAUUCAACACCAACAUCGGCCAGCACAUCCUGAAGAACGCCGCCAUCGCCGACGCGAUCGUCGCCAAGGCCAACAUCCAGCCCAGCGACAGCGUGCUCGAGGUCGGUCCGGGGCCCGGUGUGCUGACGACUCGCAUCCUGGAGAAGGCCCGCAAGGUCACUGCCGUCGAGCUGGACCCGCGGAUGGCCGCCGAGCUCACCUGUCGUGUGCAGGGGACGCCAGCAGAGCGCCGCCUGCAGAUCAUCGUGGGGGACUUUGUCAAGACGGAUCUGAACAAACUGCCUCCGUUUAGCAUCUGCAUCAGUAACACGCCUUACCAGAUCUCCUCACAGCUCAUCUUCAAACUGCUCUCGCACCCGACCCCCCCCCACACCAGCGUGCUGAUGGUGCAACGCGAGUUCGCCCUGCGUCUGAUCGCCCGCCCAGGGGACUCGCUGUACUCGCGUUUGUCGGUGAACGCCCAGUUCUUCGCACGCAUCUCGCACGUCAUGAAGGUCGGUAGGAACAACUUCACCCCGCCGCCGCAGGUGGAGUCGAGCGUGGUGCGGAUCGAGCCCAAGACAGACCGGCCAGCCAUCAGCUGGGACGAGUGGGACGGCAUGCUGCGCAUCUGUUUCGUGCGCAAGAACAAGACCCUCCGUGCGAGCUGGAUGGCGACCAAAGUGCGCGCCCUCAUCGAGUCCAACUGGAUGACCUGGGCCGCGAUGCAUCCGGAAAAGGUGUUGGAAUCGGAUAUUGCCUUCCUCCAGGGCCAGCAGACGGAUGACCACGACGGCGACCACGAGAUGAAGAUGGAUACCGAGGACCAGGACCAGGAACAGGAAAGUGACGAUGACAUCGACCUCGACUUCUUCGAUGACGGCAAACCCGCCGAGAAGACCAAGCACUCCGUCAAGGCCGACAAUAAAGGCUCCGUGACCAUCGGCGCCCACCGCGUGCCGCGCGUCAUGGUCACCAAGCUGAUCAUCCGCAAGAUCGAGCGCAUUCUCGAGACCUCCGGUCUGUCGGGCGCCCGCGCCAAUAAGUGCGAUGAGAACGACUUUCUGCGUCUGCUGUAUACAUGUAACGAGGAGGGAAUUCAUUUUUCGUAA